UGAACGGACGUGUAUCGGGCCCUUAACAUUUUUUUUUAAUUGUAAUUAAUAACUUUGUAUUGAAUUACUGUAUAAAGUGUAUACUGUGUUUGUGUCUUGUGGCAGUAUCUAUUUGUGAUUUUGGCGGCAUGGAUUCCAAGGAGGAGAAAACUGGACAUGGAAAGGAAAAGGAUGAAGAUAUUCUGGAUUCCAUUCUGGGAUACAUCGGGGAGUUCGGGCGAUACCAGAAGCUGAUGUUUCUGGGAAUGGCGCCAUUUGGAUUCUUCUUCGCAUUUGUCUACUUCGUCCAGAUGUUCGUCACUCCGACUCCACAGAAACACUGGUGUAAAGUUCCUGAGUUGAGUCAUUUAGACAUGGAACUUAGACGCAACCUCACCAUGCCGGUCGGCGUGGACGACGGCCGCUGCCUGAUGUACGACGCCAAUUGGACGGAGGUGCUGGCCACUCUCAACAUCCCUCCCGAUACACCCGUGGUCCCCUGCAAGAACGGCUGGGAGUUCGAGCUGGUGGACAUACCGUAUGACACCGUUGUUAGUGAGAGAGAAUGGGUGUGCGACAACGCUGGCUACAUACCCUCAGCCCAGGCGGCGUUUUUCUCUGGCUCCCUGGUGGGCGGAGUGUUCUUCGGAUGGACGGCUGAUCGCUUCGGGAGAGUCCCAGCCUUGGUUGGUGCCAACAUGAUCGCGCUAGUGGGCGGUAUCGCGACGAUCUACACCACGGACUUCUGGGACUUCGCCUUCACGCGGUUCCUGGUCGGCAUGGCCUACGACAGCUGCUUCAUGACCAUUUAUAUCUUGGCGUUGGAGUACGUGGGCGCCAAGUACCGCACGUGGGUGGCGAACAUGUCCAUCGCGAUCUACUUCGGCAGCGGCUGCAUCCUGCUGCCGUGGCUGGCGCUGUGGCUGGGCAGCUGGCGGCGGCUGAUCUGGGCGACGUCGUUACCAAUGCUCGUGGUCCUCGCUGUGCCCUUCACCGCGCCGGAGAGCGCCAGAUGGCUGACAUCACGAGGCCGCGUGAACCAGGCUGUGAAAGUACUCAGACGGUUCGAGAAAAUCAACGGCACGAAAGUCCCAGAUGAAGUGAUGGAUGAAUUUGUUAUCAAAUCCAACCAGACGCGCAACACGUCAGAAUCCAUCGUGGACCUGAUGCGCAGCGGUCCACUACGUAACAUGGCGAUACUGCUGGUGUUCAUAUACAUGGCGUGCGCGCUGAUCUUCGACGGCCUCGUGCGCAUGUCGGAGGGCCUCGGCCUGGACUUCUUCAUCACCUUCACCCUGACAUCAGCCACGGAGAUACCCAGCGUCACGCUGCUUGCCUUCGUGCUAGACAAAUGGGGCCGUCGAAUGCUGACGUGUGUGCCGAUGACGAUAUCCGGCGUGUUGAUUCUCAUCGCGAUCUUCGUGCCCAAAGGCGUGCCGCAGGUGACUCUAGCGAUAAUGGCGCGGUUCCUCAUCAACAUGUCGUACAACACGGUGCUGCAGUGGUCCACGGAGCUGCUGCCGACGCCGGUGCGCGCGUCCGGCUCCUCCCUCAUACACGUCAGCGGAUACGUCGCGACCGUCAUAUCGCCGUUUAUCGUGUAUUCGGAACGUCUAUGGUCACCGCUGCCGCUGCUGAUCCUGGGCGUGUGCGCGGUGGUGGGGGGUAGUGUCGGUAUAUUCGUGCCGGAGACCAACGGCAAGCCGAUGCCGCAGACCAUCGACGAGGGCGAGCGGUUCGUGCGCAGCUUCACAGUGUGCGGGAAAGCCGAGGAUGUGGAAGAGCAAGCGAUGGAUGAGAAACAGAAAGCUUUGGUUACUUAACGACGGUACACAAACUUAGGUACUACUCACUGGCUCUUAGCUAGUCGCUAAAGCCGCUCGUCAUAACAAGUACAAAAUGUACUAUCACAGAAGUUGAUUCCUAGGCAGAUGGGGGA